GGGGAUCCGGAAGUUUGAGAUUAUACUCCAAACAACUUGACAGCGCUGCUAGGUUAUCAGAGUAGUGUGUUCCUGGAAAGUGUGUGGAUCUUUAUUUAAUUUUGGGCUUUGUCUCUGUGUGGUGUUAUUAGGAGUCGUUAGAGCUGAUGGGCUGUUGAAAGAGAUGCAGGGGGGGGCCAAUCCUUAACUGGACGUUUAGAAACGCUACGAUCUUUCCCGUCCGGUUGUUAUGGAGCAGCCACCUGGGAGCUUGGACGAUCUACAGCCUCAAGACCUCUCCACCUCCAGCAUCCCCACUGUGAUCGACCUGACCAGGAAAGGCGAGGAGUGUGUCCUCAACGCCACGCCCCUCGAUGCCCUGCGGAUGGUCAAGAGCCCCGGCUGGUACCCAAACUCCGGGGCCAGCAAUACCGGAUUACCCUUCUCAGAGACCGGCUCCUCGGACAUCACGCUCCAAUCAGGGGAUCAAAUUCAGCCGGACAAUGCCUUCUCCCACACUACGGUCACCCUCUCCUACGUGAGCCGGUCUCACGUCUACUCCGCUCACGACUCGCUGCCUCGGCCUCUGUACAGCGUGCCGCCCAUUAGCAAGUUGUCCCCCACCCCUCCUUGUGACUCAGACGAAGGGCUUGAGGAGACUGGCUAUGCACUUAACCAGCAUUACGUGGAGCAGGUUGACGGGCCCGUGGACCUCGCCACUCAGACAGAACCUUUUCAGCCGGUGUCUCAGGCUCACGUGGGUCCUGAGAAGGACGGGGGAGUGUGUGUAACGCAGGAGCCUCGUGAGUUGAAUGGUGGAGUCGUCUCCGGCGAUGGGGACGUGGAUACGCAAGCGCAAGGCCGAGAAGAACAACGCCUUUCUCCGGAAAACAGCGGGGGGUUGGAGAACGGUCAAGUUGAUAGCUGUUCGAGUUCAGGAGUAUGCGCUGAGUCCUCGCCGGAAACACUCACCCCUGAGGAGAGGGGGGGCUCUGAGGUGCUCUUUCUCAUGUCUAAGAAAGCGGACCCGGCGGUCGUCCCGGACAGCGUGGGUGCUAGAGACCUGUGUUCACUGAGCAGGGAGUACAUCAGUCCUCUGGAGGACCCCGUCUCCCCUGCCGCUACCUCACCGGACAAUGUGUUCGCCCUGCCUCAGGCCUCCAGCUCACCCAGCGGCGACAACUCUUAUCUGGAGACAGCCGAUGAGGUUGCGUGGGAUGGCUUGAGCACAGCGGGGGCCGCUCAGCCAGGCUGUGGCGUCAGCGAUAGUGCCACGAGGUUGGAUUCGAGCAGCGAAAAGCAGCCUGUCCGUAGACGGAAGGCGGUGUUGCAGCCUUUGAUCGACUUGACAGAUGAUGUUUGUGUGUCGGAUGUUUCGGAGAACAAGACUGUCAUUCCUCACAUGAACGGGAAUGCUAAGGCACUACAAAGAACGUUAAAAGAAAAGAAGCUGCCAAUGCGUUCCGGCAGAGGGACGCGGUUAGAGGCUAUCGUUAUGAACAUAAAUUCGAGCAGGUAUAAAGUGUCAGGAUGCAUACGCACCAAUAAGAAAGCAAACGCUUCCCAGUCGACAGCUGCUAAAUUAACCGGUGCUAAGAAGAAUGACACCCUGUCAGUAGGAAAAAGGAACAGCAGAGCGAAAGCGUCUUUCUCAGCGAAAAAAAUGAAACAAAAAGCAGUAAUUCCAAUGAAAAGGGGUAAAACUAAUAACAUUAACACUGACAGUUGCAAAGACUCUACCUCCAAUACAGAAAUCAAUAAUUCUAAAAGCUCACAAAGCAGCACAGCUCCAAAAAGCCCUCAGUUUGCUGUGCACAAGAACUCAAAGAAGGAGCCAGAGCCUCUUUCUCACCCCGAACCCUCAGUGGAAAUUCACGUGGCAAGAGUUUCCCCCCCACCAACACCAUCAAAAUCUCCAAAGAAAAGCCAAGGCAAAGCCAAAGGGAAGGCUGCAGGUAGCAAAACACCUCCCACUGCCAAGACGAAGGCGAAGAAGAGCAGGCGAAAGAAACACACACAGAGCCAGUCUUCCUCCAUGUUCUCCCCCAUGGAGCCGGAGAUCAAGCUGAAGUACGUCAACUACAAGGAGGAGAAAAGGGACUUGAGGUUAGACAGUUUUUCCCCGUUCAUCCACGUGGAGCGCCAGCAGUCAUCGCCGUCACUGUGUACUGUAAUCAACUACCCCGAUGAGGUGAGGACACAGCACAAGAAGGGCCCGCAGCAGCCGGCUCACCCCGGCGGCUUUAUUUCUGCAGCCGUCCCCAGCACCUCCUGCCUGCAGCUGGGCCGGGCGUCCACGCACGGCCAGCACCAGCGCUCUCUGGUCUGCUGCCUGUGCGGGCAGUCGGCCAACGCCAUGGACUUGGGGGACCUCCACGGCCCCUAUUACCCCGAAGGGUACCAGCCAAGCACCAAAACACCAGCCGGCGCGUCGGGCCUCAAAGAGGACGAAGACGACUACAGCGACUCUUCCUCCUCGUCCUGCAGCUUGAGGGGCAGGGGGAGGAAGCGCGCCGUUCCGCACACGCCGCGGCCUCUCAGGCCAGGAGCUCGGCUGAAGGAGAAGGGCCUCCUCGAGAGCCAGCGGUGGUGUGGCGACGGUACCGGCAGCCCCGCUGCGAAGCGGGCCCGGUCAGAUGCCACCUCUGCAGAUGUGGAGGACUGGUACAGCCCCCCCGUGCUGCCCCUGGAGCCCUGUGAAUACUGGCUCCACGAGGACUGCGGCAUCUGGUGCGCAGGCGUGUUCCUUGUGAAGGGCAAAGUCUACGGACUGGAGGAGGCUGUAAAGGUGGCCCAGGAGACGAUGUGUUCGGCGUGCCGCAACCCAGGCGCAACGCUGGGCUGCUUCUUCAAAGGCUGCCCCAACAAGUACCACUACAGGUGUGCUCUGGAGUCAGCAGACUGUGUACUCAUUGAAGAAAACUUCUCCAUGAAGUGUAAAAAGCACAAGAACAAGACAUUCAAAGCCCCUCCAGGGAACCGAUGGGUUGACAGGUGACAACGUUAGCAGAGACCUCAUGAGACAUUCACCUGCAGAGGCUCCCCGCCCCCCUUCUGCUGGGGAGCCAUGGCAACUGUGGACCAGGGUUCUUCUGACUGACAGCUAGCACCCAUAAACCUUAACUUCACCCUCUGCUCUUCAACUGCACUGUUAACCCCCUGACACUGUGACUGGAAGAGCCCAGUCACCAAACCCCCCCUC